AUGUCUAUCCCAGAGCCAAAAGCCUCAAAUAUUACCAACGGCACCUCCACAGCCGCCGCCGUCAGCAGUGCAAACAUCAGUCAAGUCCCAGGAAACAACCGGAACAGUGUCGACCGGUUUGCACGAGCACCAGCAUCCGAAGGGCCAUAUUUUGCCAGUGCCCGUAUUGGAGACAGAUCAGCACACCUCAACGGGAUAUCCAGCCAACUCAAUGCCAUGGACGCAGUCUUGUAUACCGGACGAUGA